AUGAAUUUGCUUAAACAUUUUAUUGAUGAAUUUAGAAUGCUACCUAAAAGAGAAUCAACAUUAUUAGAAAUAAUUCGAACAAUCAAUAUUUUAAAAGCAAAUAAAUAUGAUAUUGCAGAGUUAAAGGAACUUCGAAAAAUAUGUUUAAAAGAAAAAUAAUUGUAAGGAGAUAAAGAAUAUGAUUUAUAUAUGAAUCUUGAGCAUUAAACUUAGAGUAUUGAAUUAAUUGAUAAUCAAAAUUUAAAUGCUUACUUAACUGAAAUUCUUUUAGGUGAUGUAUAGAAACUUAAUGAAGUUCAAAAAGUUGAUUUAAGAGAAAAGAUUUUAAAUAAAUUAUAAACAGAAACUGAUGAAAAUUCAUUAAAGAAAAUCAUAGUAGUUAGUAGAUAAUUGUGGCCUACUGAAAUUUCUAUUGUAUAAAAAUGUGCUAAAUAAAUUAAACAUUUACUUGCAAAUAAUGAAUAAAGUAAAGAAAUGAUUUCCUUAGCAAUAAAUUCUUUAUAUGAAUUCAAAAGAAUAUAGUAUCCUUUUUUGGAUGAUUAACUUAUACAUUAUUUAGCUAGUAUUGAUGAUUUAUAUAUAAAUCCAUAAGAAAUUAGUGUACUUCUCUAUUAUAUUUGUUUAUCUUUACCAAAAUUUACAAAAAAAGAAUUAAAUCGUGUUACAACAAGAGAAUAUCCAAUAAAUUAAAAUCUAAGUAGAAUCUUUAUUAAUUUAUUGCCUGUGAUUAAAAAAAUGUGUUCAAAAAAUGCUUUAAGAUUAAAAGUAAUAUAUACUCUUACAGAUUGUAUUUGUAAAUACAGAGAAUAGUUAGAAGAUAUAGAUUUGAAAUUUUUAUUUGAAAAAAUAGAAUUUAAUUUAGUAAAGGAAUUAGAAGUAAAGCAACAAUGUAGAGUAGCAAUAGAAUAAAAAGACUUAUAAUUUUUACAUGAAAGAUUUCGAUAUUUAAAGGUUGGAUCUAGAAAAUUAUUAAGAUUCUUUGAUGAUGCAAAAUCAAAUUAUUUUGGUGCUCUAUAAAAAUUAUUAUAAAGAUAAAGAGUAUAUUUGAGAAUGAGACAAUCUAGAGGUAGAUCAAUUAGAGCAUAAAGAUCCUUUUGAUAAAAUGAAUAACUUAUUCCAAUUAAUAUAUAUAUAUAUGAAU